GUUUUUCUCGUUGGUGUAUUGUUUCAGUCAAACGUGAAUUCAUUUACUGGCUUUAGUCUAAUCUCUAUGUUUAAUUAAUUGUUGCUGCAACAACAAAUAUUUUUUUAAUCUAUAAUUUAAUAUUUUUUCAAAAAAUCACUUCAUUCCUUACGCAUCUUCGAAAGAGUAAAGAACUGAAAAACAAAAUCAAAAAAAAAAAAAAAUAAGAAAAUUAAAUAAAAGUGAUAAGAAAGUAAUAUUUUUAAAAAAGUAAAAGUGUAAAGAAGUAACAGAGCCAUUUAAUACAUACAAAUUUUUAAAAAAAAACUUGAAAAUUUUGAACCAAAAAAAAAAAUGUCGGAAAAAAUCGUAAAAUCCACCGGUAAUGGUAUAAAUCUAUCAAUGCCUCCCAUGAAAGUGGCAGUUAUUGGUGCUGGUUUGGUGGGUUCAUUGGCUGCUUUAAAUUUUGCUCGACGCGGUCAUGAAGUUCAUCUCUAUGAGUAUCGUGAAGAUAUACGCACUUCUCAGCUGGUACAGGGACGUAGUAUUAAUUUAGCUUUAUCGCAAAGAGGACGCAAAGCUUUAGCCGAAGUGGGCUUAGAGGAACUAGUGUUAUCGACAGCUAUACCAAUGCGUGGACGCAUGUUGCAUGAUAUUAAGGGUAAUCGAUCUGUGGUACUAUAUGAUCCCUGUACCAAUCAGUGUUUAUAUUCAGUGGGACGUAAACAUUUAAAUGAAAUUUUAUUAAAUGCGGGAGAAAAAUUUCCAAAUAUUCAUUAUCAUUUCGAUCAUAAAUUGAAAUCGGCUAAUUUAAGAGAAGGCGAUAUGGUUUUCCAGCACCCCUAUACAGAAGAUUGUUCGGAAGCUUCAGCCGAUCUUAUUGUUGGCUGUGAUGGCGCCUUUAGCUCUGUGCGUCAACAAAUGGCAAAAACUUUGGGUUUUAAUUUUUCUCAGGAAUAUAUUGAACAUGGCUAUUUGGAAUUGUGUAUUCCGGCUAAAAAUGAUGAAUUUCAAAUGCCUCCUAAUUAUCUACACAUCUGGCCCAGAGAUGAAUUCAUGAUGAUAGCUUUACCCAAUCAAGAUAAAUCAUUUACCGUGACCUUAUCCAUGCCCUUCAGAGUCUUUGCUAGUAUUAAAACACCCCAAGAACUAGUGGAAUUCUUUAAGCGUUAUUAUGUCGAUGCUUUGCCAUUAAUCGGGGAGGAAUGUUUGAUUAAGGAUUUCUUUAAAUCGAAACCCCAACAUUUGGUAUCAAUUAAGUGCAAUCCUUAUCAUUAUGGUGACAAAGCUUUAAUUUUGGGUGAUGCUGCCCAUGCUAUGGUUCCCUAUUACGGUCAGGGCAUGAAUGCUGGCAUGGAAGAUUGUACCUUAUUCUUCUCGAUACUGGGCCAACCACAAAUGACUAUUGGCAAAGCUUUAGAACAAUUUACCGAAACCCGUUGUAAGGAUGCUCAUGCUAUAUGCGAUCUGGCUAUGUAUAAUUAUGUGGAGAUGCGCGACUUAACCAAACGUUUCUCUUUUAAAUGUCGCAAAAUUUUGGAUACAACACUGUUUCGUUAUUUUCCCACCUUCUGGGUGCCUUUGUACAAUAGUGUCUCGUUUACCAGCAUGCCUUAUAGCAAAUGUAUUGCCAAUCGUAAAUGGCAGGAUGAGUUUCUUUCAAAAACGUUUUAUGUUAUUUCCGCUUCAGCUCUGGUUUUGACCGCUACUGUAUUUAUAGCUAAAAAUUAUGAUUUUAAAUUUAGUUUUUAAGUUCAUAUGUUUGAAAUGUAUGUUUUGAAAGUAAUUAAUAGUUAUUGUAGGUUUAAUAAAUACAAAUUAGUUUAGUUUAAAUGUUAUAUCAAA